CCUGCGAGUCACUAUAAUCCGGGGUCUGCGCGAUCAUCUUCCAUUUGCCGUCACUCACUCACAGCAGUUAUAAUUUUUAACAGCAAAACAGUGAGCGUUUGUUGUUGGGUUGAUAUUUUCUUGUUUUUAUUAAGUGUGUUUCAAUUUUCGACGUCGAAUCGUCAAACCAAGUAAUGAUUUGAGAGCAAAAUUCCGAGAAUCUGCAAACGCUUUCGAACAGUGGGAGGCCUAGCAGUUGAGCUAUGUUCUAACGUUGUGUGCCACAGCCACACAACCGCAACUGACAGUAUGAUAUUCAAGAUAAAGCAAAAACAAGCGGUUUCCAGGAAUCUCAUGAAUUGAUACAGUUCUGUAGAAAAGAAAAAUGUUUUCUGCGCUUUACGUGUUUUUCUGUUCUUUUUGAGCAAUACAAACUCUGUCUCUCUAGAAUUACUCUAGUAUUAGCUGUUUUAAAUGUGAAAUAUGGAAGAUUAUCGGAUAUCAACAUUUUUACUAUUCCUGUGUAUUUACUCCGUACUGGGCCUAGGAUGGAUCUCGCCACAAACGCCCAUUUAUAGAUUGGUGAAUCAAUCGUAUAGCAUAAACUGCACCUUGAAUCGAUCGGACCCCGAAACGUACCAGUUCACCAGUAGCGAUUUAAUGUUCUAUAUAAAAGAUGUUCCUGUGCCACGGCAGUAUGUUAAAAUUGUUAACGAAACAUCCAUCCAAUUAAAUGUGCACAAUUCGUCGGUCAAUGCGCUACAGUACAUAUGCAAGUUGAACAACUCGAAGGGUGUGGACAUGCGAAGCGUUUUAAUCGGCUACAAACCGUACAACGUGACAAAUUUCAAAUGCCGAUCGGAGAAUUGGCAAAAGAUGAACUGUUCCUUUCAGCAAGCGUACAAUCCCAUUCCGACGAAGUAUGAUCUGAGCUUUCGCUUCGACACAUCGCCCGUGGACUUUACCUGUCCACUGGAGGGCCAAUUCAACAACACUUGGAAGUGUUCGGUCGAUUUGGACUCGUCGUACCGGCAAUCGCAUGAGUUGUAUUAUUUUGUGCUGGAAUCAACGAACAUAUUCGGAACGAACCGACAGGAAUUUGUGGUCAACAAUUUCAACAAUGUGAUCCCGGAAGCACCGUCGGAGUGUAUGGUUAGUAACGUUACUUCGAGAAGUGCCAUCCUACACUGGUCAAUUUCAUAUAAGCUGCAAACGUUCAAGAGAGAUUUCACGUUUCAAGUAAAAAUAUUAUCAAGUUUCGAUAACAAAAUAUGGAAAUUCAUGAAUGUAAGCAAGAUAACGAAAUCGUUAACCAAUUACACGCUACCGCUGGAAAGUUUGGACUUUGCUGACACACGGUACGAUGUUCGGAUUCGAAUGAAAACGGCAACGGCUGAUGACAUCGAGGAAAUGUGGUCCAACUAUUCCAGCUGUUUGUUUAAUACUCUACCGAGAAGACCGGACAGUCCGCCGGAGGUGGCAUUGGGUGGUUUUGAAAUUAACGUCUACAACGAUAUUUUCGUUUACUGGAAGGAAGUGCCGAAAAGUAGACACAAUGCGGCCAAUGGAUUCCAGUAUAAGAUCACCAGUAUCACCCGGAACGGGUUCCCGGUUAGUAACGUAAUCGAAGGUCGAAACGGCAGUACGAUGCUGCAGUUUCGCAAUAUGACCGAUGGCAAUUAUACAUUCGAAAUACGUAGCUCGAACAGCGAGGGUGAUUCGUUGAAGCACAGCGAAUUGUUUAUACCGAGUCGAGAUUAUCGCGUCCCGAAACCGGAAAUCACCAAACUACUGUCCGAUUCCGGGAGGUAUUUGCUCUCGUGGAAAGCAGUUCCGGAGCACAUUGCGAAGGUAACCUCGUACACGGUGCUGUGGUGCAACUCGAGCAGUAAUUCUCCGAAUGAUUGCAACGGAUCCAUCAACUUUGACUAUGUGGAUGGGUCUAAAAAUAGCUACGAGCUGAAUAAUGUAAGUUCGACGUUGAAUUUCGCUGUAGCUGCCAAUUCCGGGAAUGUUUCCUCCGGAAUGGUUUGGGCAUCAUGCACGGCUACACAGAAGAAUGACAUUGGCAAACUGAAGACCAUCUGGAUACCGGCCAUGCAGUCAACUUACAUUGAUUUGGAAUGGAAAUUGGAGUGUGGCGAUAGUGCCAUAGUGGAAGGUUACAACAUCAUCUACUGUCCGAUCAAUUCGCCUCGUGAUCAGAGUUGCAAAGACCCGGAGAAAUCGCUCAACAUUACCGGAAUUACUUCGCACCGGAUCAGUGGCUUGAAACCGUAUGUUACGUACAAAAUUCAGGUGGCAAUGUAUUCGAAAAAUAGGAUCGGUCCACGCAGUGAUCCACUUUUUAAUACAACACUGGAAGCGGCACCAUCGCCACCGAGGGAUUUGGUUUACAAGGAAAUCCGGAAUGAUUCGGUUACACUGCACUGGAAAGCUCCCCUUCAAAUUAACGGCGGUAAGAUGAACUAUGAAGUGUGGUACAACCAUUUGCACACUAAAGUUUACACGAAAAAUUACACCCACGAUGUCACUUACACCCUGCGUGAUUUGGAACCAUUCUCGAACUACAAAAUAAUCGUCCGUGCUUACACCAUUAGCUAUUCGAACAAUUCCAAUUCUCUCGAUAUCAUAACGGAAAUUGGUACCCCAGGGACGAUCCACCAACCGGGAUCGUUGGAUCUGAACGAUACGAAACUGUCGAUUGUGUGGCAACCACCGGAACGGAAAGCCGGUUGCAUUGAGUAUUAUGAACUGAAAAUUAAAACAAACGCACAGAGCGAAGAAGCGGUCACGGUGACGCGCGUUCAAGGGAACCGUUGUCGACUUUCGCGGCCUAUUUGCCAGCAUGGUUCGAUAGAUUUUAACCGUACGGACAAGUAUGAAUUUAUGGUACGCGCGGUGAAUGUAAUUCUCAGUCCCCACGCCCCCAACUACACGGUGUGGAACAAACUGCAUUGCAGUGAAAAACAUUCCUUCUAUUCGGACCAUGCGGUCGGCAGUUCGCAUCACUACUACAGUCCGUAUCCUGGCAUAGCAGCGGAAUGUGAACUGCAUGGUCGGGAGGCUCCAUCCAUCAACUGGACUAGCAUCGAUCAAUAUGCCACCAUUUUGUACGGCGAGUGGUCAAAACCACUGGUCCACUGGUGUAACUACGGCCCGGAACAGUCGCUGUCGGUGGUGCUGUUCCAAUUCAUAACCCCAUUCUUUGCCCUCACCGUACUAAUGGUGUGCACUUACAAGAUAAUGAAGAAAAUGAAACGCAUCAAGGACAUUCAGGUGGUCCUACCCGAGGCACUGAAGGAGAUUGUGGCUGACAAUGCCAUCAAAUGGAAAGAUCACGAUAACUAUCACGAAUUUUCGGACAGCAUCCAUGAUCACAGUUUGCUGCCACCGGUUUCCGGUCACGGUAGAUACACGGACACGAACACUCGCGUUCUUCCGGAAGAUACGGCAAGUGUCGGAUCGAUGGAGGAAAACGAAGAACUGGCACCACAGGACAUCAAUCUGCUGAUGCUUUCCGAUGAUGACAAAUCGCAACAUCAUCUAUCGAUCGACAACGCAUUGCCGGAACAACCGAAGGCAGCGGUGGCGGUGGAAUCAACUGUGAAACCGAAAAGUACGCCACCGGUGGUCAACAUUGCUGCCCCCUCCGGAUACGUUUCAGCUCCGAUGCCCAAGCACACCACCAAUGGAUAUGUGUACGCACCUAGAAGUAAGACCUCUCCGCUUGAUUAUAAACACCCGAAACUGCUGGUACCCACCGAUGCCGAUGUCAUUUCCGGGUAUGUAACACACAAACAGCUGUCCGAUUAUGGCCACAAGGUUCAGUAGCAAGUAUUGAAUGAAUUGUAUUGUGCAUAAAAUUAUAAGAAUAAAUAAAAA